AUGUCGAGAAGAUACGAUUCGAGGACAACUAUCUUUUCCCCGGAAGGUCGUCUUUACCAAGUAGAAUAUGCCCUCGAGGCCAUCUCGCAUGCAGGUACCGCAUUGGGUAUAUUAGCAAAGGAUGGUAUCGUAUUGGCUGCAGAGCGAAAGGUGACCAGCAAGCUCCUGGAGCAGGACACUUCCGCAGAAAAGCUCUACAUCUUGAAUGACAACAUGAUCUGCGCCGUAGCCGGCAUGACAGCUGAUGCUAAUAUCCUCAUCAACUACGCCCGCCAAGCCGCCCAACGGUACCUUCUCACCUACAACGAAGACAUUCCCUGCGAGCAACUGGUACGUCGAUUAUGUGACUUAAAGCAAGGCUAUACGCAGCAUGGCGGUCUACGCCCCUUUGGGGUAUCGUUCAUCUAUGCCGGCUACGAUCCACAGCGGGAGUUCCAGCUCUACCAGAGUAAUCCGAGCGGCAACUACGGGGGGUGGAAGGCCACCAGUGUUGGCGCAAACAAUGCUAGUGCACAGAGUUUGCUGAAGCAGGAUUAUAAAGAAGAUUGCGAUUUGAAGGAGGCAUGCGGGAUGGCGGUGAAAGUUUUGAGCAAAACCAUGGAUUCGACGAAGCUAAGCAGUGAGAAGAUUGAGUUUGCUACAGUCGGAAAGACGAAGGAUGGCCGGAUCUACCACCACCUGUGGGGCGCCGACGAGAUUACGACCUUAUUGAAAGAGCACAAUCUGGCCAGAGACGAAGGCGGAGUAGAUGGAGAUCGUAUAAUCAGCUAG